AUGGCGCAGCGCAGCGAAGACAACAUCGAGCGGAAUGCUCUCGUGUCUAUUCUUCUUCGAAUGUUGGAGUAUCAAUCUGGAAUUAUGUUUCUUACAACCAACAGAAUUGAAGAUUUCGACACUGCCUUCUUCUCUAGAAUCCACGUUCGUCUCGAGUUCGACAAGCCUGGCGCUCCCCAGAGGACUCUGAUUUGGUCUUAUCUUGCCGAGAAAGAUGGUCAUGCUAUCUCUCAAGAAGAGUUUGCAAAGCUUGGAAGCCUCCCAAUGGAUGGACGACGCAUCAAGAACGUUCUACGGGUUGCAACGCUUUUAUGUCGCUCGCGGGACGCGGCUGGGAAGACGACUAUAGAGGAUGUGAAAAAUUCGCUCAGAAUUUCUGCUGGAGAUCCGAAUGAUGAGGGAGUCGAGGACGCAAUUCAGGAUUUUUGCGGGCGAUGA